AUGAUCGUCCUUCACAACAGCAGCCUCCAGAGAGCCACUUUCUUCCUAACAGGCUUUCAAGGUCUGGAAGAGCUCCAUGGCUGGAUCUCCAUUCCCUUCUGCUCCAUCUACUUGACAGUUAUUUUGGGGAACCUCACCAUUCUCCAUGUCAUCCGAACUGAUGCCACCCUCCAUGAACCCAUGUACUAUUUCCUGGCCAUGCUGGCCGUCACAGACUUGGGCCUUUGCCUCUCCACGCUGCCCACUGUGCUGGGCAUCUUCUGGUUUGAUGCCAGAGAGAUCAGCAUCCCUGCCUGCUUUACUCAGCUCUUCUUCAUCCACACCUUGUCCUUAGUGGAAUCAUCGGUUCUGCUGUCUAUGUCCUUUGACCGCUAUGUGGCAAUUUGCAACCCACUGCGUUAUUCUACGAUCCUGACACCCAGAAGAAUCGUGAAGAUGGGGCUGAGCUUGGUGCUGAGAAGCGCACUCCUUAUUCUCCCACUACCAUUCCUACUUAAACGUUUCCGCUACUGCCGCUCGCAUGUGCUAGCCCACGCCUACUGCCUGCAUCUGGAGAUCAUGAAACUAGCCUGCUCCAGCAUCAUUGUCAAUCACAUCUACGGCCUCUUUGUUGUGGCCUGCACUGUGGGUGUGGACUCCCUGCUCAUCUUCCUCUCGUACACCCUUAUCCUUCACGCUGUACUAGGCAAAGCCUCCCGUCAGGAGCGCCUUCGUGCCCUCAAUACCUGUAUCUCCCACAUCUGUGCCGUGCUGCUCUUCUACAUCCCCAUGAUUGGUUUGUCCCUUGUGCAUCGCUUUGGGGAGCACCUUCCCCGCAUGGUGCAUCUUCUGAUGUCUUAUGUGUAUCUGUUGGUUCCACCUCUCAUGAACCCCAUUGUCUACAGCAUCAAGACCAAGCAAAUACGCCAGCGCAUCAUCAAAAAGUUUGAGUUUGUAAAGUCACCUAGGUGUUUUGAAUAG